UUUAUAGGACGUUGCAAAAUAGACACAUACAUUGAACGAUUUUGUCCCAAAAACACAUAUCGCAAAGAUGAGCAUGCCGUCGAAAACUCUUUUUUGGUUGUUGUUCAUGAUUAGCUUUGUAUCUUUGUUGUCUGAGCCGUGUUGUUAUGCUGCUUCAGACAAAGAUAUGAUUAUUGAAGUGUGCAAGAACACGACUUAUCCAGAUUUCUGCAUUGGAACCCUCAGAUCAGAUCCUCGGAGUGUAGGAGCUGACAAAAAAGGUCUCGUUCAAAUCAUUACUGAUAAAGCAUUGACAAAAGGGAAAGAGAAUUUCGCGCUGGUUAAGAAACUGCUUGGCCGUGCCACCGAUCAAAAGGACAAAGGGCCCCUCACAAUUUGCUUCCAAAGGUAUGAUUUGGUCGUCAAUAGGAAUGUUAUUGACGUCAUAAAUGAAUUGAACAAGAAUAAUUUUUUUAGUGCUUCAAUCAUGAGCUCUGCUAGCGUUGAUGAUAUUCAAGAUUGCGUAGAUGCAUUGGCUGGGGCAGGAUUGAAAUCACCCUUGACAAGCCAAAACAAAUACGUGCAAGAUUUGUGUAACUUAUCAGUCGAUAUUUUGUUUACAUUAAUUCCAAAGUAA